UCUUGAUAAGGAAACUAGAAAAAUAAUAAGUGGUUGGGCUAUGAUUAGCCAAUUGGAUAGCCAAGCCAAUGCUAGGCUCGGCAGAGGCAAAUGGUAUGCUACUCGCUAUUUUUCUCGUGAAGAAGAAAAUGGUGGUCUAAUUUUUUCUGUUGAAGAGAAGAAAUUAGAACUUGACAAAAAAGAAAGAAAAAUUAAAUCAUUGGAAAGAAAAAUAGAAAGAUUAGAAAACGAAAAAUAUGAAAAGUUAGAGGCUGAAAAAAACGAACAAAGGCAAGAAAACGAAAAACUAAAACAGGAAAAUGAAGAAUUAAGAAACCAAGAAAAAGACCAACAAAUCCAAUCUCUCCAAAGCAAAAUCCAGGAACUAGAACAAAAAUUAGAGGACUAUUCCA